AUGGAUGAUGAGUUUAACUUGAAAAGUUAUAUGGAUAGUCUUAUAGAUCAAGAGUCCUCUGCUGCCUGGAAACCAUUUCCUGAAAGAUAUGUUAAUACUAGGCCGCAAAAAGAAAUUAUUAUUCCUCAAAUUUCUUUAACUCAAAAGCCUGUUCAUGUUUUCUGCAAAAUCACAGAUGAUUUCACUACUAUGCAGCAAUAUUCGUUAGAUGAAGACUCAUUACCACCAAAAGUUCUUUGUUGGAAUGAUCUUUCAGCUUUAGACAUCAAAAUGGCGACUAAAACAGUCAAAGCUGGUGUCGAACACGAAUACAAGUACUUAAUUGACGAUUUAUCUAUAGAAUUUGAGUCCGUUUCCAAUGGAAAUGAAGAUCCAUUACCAAUUGAAGCGACAAACCCAGAUAGCCAACUAAUUUACCACGUUCUUGAUCCAACACUUUCUAAAUCCUCACGAAUUACUCCAGCGCCAAAGGUAGAUACCCAACAGGUGCAAAAAAUGAAAUUAUCAAAAAGCGCAAGUCAGUUAAAAUACAUGACAGACAGCAAUACAAAGACUCCAAUUGUCAUCCAGACAACACAACAGCCACCAAUUCAGCAAGAUGCUCCUAAUAUUCGUAAAUUAUGCGAACAAAUACCAAAAGACACAAUUUUCAUUCUCGAUUGCAGCUUCGCAGAUGAUUGUCUGAAAACAAUUAUUGAAAAAAGAAGAGAUUUAACUGUUUUUGCUGCGACACAAGAAUCAUUAUUAUAUAAUCCACAACUUCCAUGCGAUUUGUUCACAUCAUGUUUACUUACUCCUGCCAAAGUUGCUAUUUUAUGGCAGAGUCAGAGCUAUUCUGAUAUACAUUCCGGACUUUUAUCUGAAAUUGAUAUACAGAGCUUGAUUGAUAUCCUCAACGACUCACCUGUAUCUUCAGAAAUCCUCAAACUACUCGAAAACGCUCUCGAAGCUUACGUUGACCAAAUGGCCUUUGAAACUUUGGCCGAAGACCAGCCAUUAUUCUACAAAAUCUUCAGAAAAGAUACUCUUACCGCAAGGUUAUUUGCAAAUUUCGUAUUCGCGGUCAGAAUGAUGAAGACUGUAUCAACAUUACCAACAUCUUACCCAGAAUUACCAGAUAUGUCACAGCACGACCUCUGGGAUUCAUUCUAUUUGCAAGUAGAUCGAGCCUUGUACUCAUUGAAAGAAGCAAUGCUUCCAAAACCAAGAAAUGUUUUUUCAAUCAACGAAUUACUCGAAGAACAGCUUAAUUGUCUUGAAAGCUGGCUCUGGUUCCCCAAGAAAAACCGUGACGCCCCCAUGGAACUUCCUUUCAUGCUUUAUUUGUUAAAUUCUCCAAAUCAUUUCAAAAAAGCUGUUUAUUUCUGUUCGAAUUUCCUUGGAAUAUCUCCGGAUACGACCAUCCAGUUCCUCAAUACCCGUUGUUUCCCUCUUCUCCCACAACUCCUUGAGAAUACAACACUUUUGAAGAAUUGCGACGCAGAUACCUUGGCGCACUUCACUUUUAUCAUUGUUAACUGUGUUCUUCUAUCACCAAGUCUCUCCAAAUCCUUCGAAAACAGGAUUUCCUUCUGGAUAGAGCAUGUUAGAAGCACAAAUGAAAGUUUAUGUGCUGCAUCACUUUCAAUUUUACUUCUUUACGCAGAAUCGCCCGGCAAAAUUGAUUUAUUCAAGUCGAAUGAGCUGGACAAACUGUUUGAACAGUACAGUUCCCACAAAAACCAUAAUAUCAGAACCUUGGCCCAUCUUUUACUGACCAAAAUGGGUAUAGGCCUUGAGCAGCCCCUUGAUGUAAUACAAAACGAGCCAAGUCCUCAAUGCAGAGCCGCAAUUGUCUCUAGAAUUACAACAACCAUCGGUACAGACAAAUGUAGUUCAGAACUACGCGGUGCAUUGAUCUAUGACUUGAUAUUGCUUGUUAAUGAUCCAUAUCCAUUAGUCAGAGAAGAAGCAUUAGUUGCAUUAAGUCAUUCAUUGAACAAAGAUUCAACGGAACUCCUUAAUUCCCUCAAAACAUACAUCACUGACUUCAGAGAUGACAAGGCCAAGAACCCAAUUGUUACUUUGCUCGGUCACGAACUUCAAAUUUUGAUGUUCGAACCUUCAAAACGCGUAAAUGAGCGAUUAAACGAGUUUCUUGUUUAUCUUGCACAGAGAUUCAUUGAUUCCAAGAACGCACAGCCACUACAAAGUAAUCUAAGUCGUUUUUGUGUCAGUGAUAUCUCUCAUCCAAGUCAUUCCAACUUAAAUCCGUUGACUUUUUCAUCGAAUGCGAUGGUUGUCAACGAAAUCAACCUUGAAGGAAGACCAUCAAUCUCUCCAUCAGGUCUUUUGAGUUGUGCUGACCAAACAGGACAGUUACAUUGCCAAGUAACAAUACAAGGACAGACAUCGAAACAAAUUUUCGAUUAUUUCAAACCUGGUUUGGAAACUGACAAAAUUCCUCCUUAUUUCGGUCAUUUGGCUGAAACUCGACGUACAAUGAAAACUACAAUUGAUUACCAAGCUUUCAUUGAUGAUUCCAGGAUGUUGGCCAUUUCUAAUCGAUCACAAGUCGCAAUCAUUAACUUUAACAAGUCAAAAGAUGCUGAAUGCGCAUUUUGGAUGGCUCCUCCUGAUUCUUGUAACAAAGUUGUUGUUGAUUACAAUGACAAAGCAUUCCAAAUAUUGCAUUCAAGUGGUUCUUCACUUGUCCACAUUUAUGAUAUAGAAAGUCAGAAGAAGUUAGAUAAUAUAAAAGUGCCGAGAUCUCAAACAAACGGUAUGCAAUGGUUGAAACCAUUUACAAGUUUGUUUUAUGUUUCUCAAGAACACUUCACUUUAUAUGAUUCAAGAAUGAGAGGUUCCAUUGCAUUGAUUAAAGAUGGUGGACUGGAUUUCUUGGGAGCAAAUUGCAGUGCGUCGAUGCCAAAUGCUUUAGUUAUGGCAACUAAAUACGGACAUAUAAAGAUGUUCGAUAUAAGAGUGAUGCAGAUGAUAUCUCAGAGAGAAUUAGUGAUGCCUCUGAAACAGUUUGAAGUGCACAGACAAUUGCCUUACGCUGUUGGAUUGACAAAUAACUCUUUGUACUCAAUUUCUUUCGAAGAUUACGAAUUAACUACUGAAGCACAGGAUAAUAUGGUAAUACCUGACGCUUUCGGAUUGCAUAUGAGUGAAAGUACUUGCGCAAUUAGAACAGGAAAUACUGUUAAGACUUGUGUUAUUUACUAUUAA